AAAAUUUACCCGGCAUGCCUAAUCAGGGAGAAGACUGCUAUUUUUAUUUCUAUUCUACAUGCACCAAAGGUGACAGCUGCCCUUUCCGUCACUGUGAAGCUGCACUAGGAAAUGAAACUGUUUGCACACUAUGGCAAGAAGGUCGUUGUUUUCGACAGGUGUGCAGAUAUCGCCACAUGGAAAUUGAUAAAAAACGAAGUGAAAUUCCUUGUUAUUGGGAAAAUCAGCCAGUGGGAUGUCAGAAACUAAACUGUGCUUUCCAUCACAACAGAGGUCGUUACGUUGAUGGACUGUUUCUACCUCCAAGCAGAAGUGAGAUUGGUUUUGAUUCUAAAAGAGAACAGUUGCUAUUCACUGUGUUACCCACUGUGCCUGAGUUGCAAGAAGAAGAAGUAAAGGCUAGCCAACUCACAGUUCAACAGAACAAAUUGUCUGUCCAGUCAAACCCCUCCCCUCAGCUGCGGAGUGUAAUGAAAGUGGAAAGUUCAGAAAACGUCCCUAGCCCCACGCAUCCACCCGUUGUAAUCAAUGCUGCCGAUGAUGAUGAAGAUGAUGACGAUCAGUUUUCUGAGGAGGGCGAUGAAGGCAAAACACCUGCCCUGCAGCCAACUCCUGAAGUUCAUAAUGGACUGCGAGUGGCUUCUGCCCGGAGACCUGGAGUCGGUGGAAAGCAAGGUGAAUGUUUGGAUUUUGGAAUAAAAACUCUUGAGGAAAUUAAAUCAAAGAAAAUGAAGGAAAAAUCCAAGAAGCAAGGUGAAAGCUCCUCAGGAGUUGCCAGCGCUUCACAUCAGCCUCAGUCCAAUCCAGGCCCUGAAAAGGAGAAUGUUCGGACUGUGGUGAGGACAGUAACUCUGUCAAGCAAACAAGAAGAGCCCUGGGUUAGACUGAGUCUUCCUGAGAGACUGGGAAAACGAAAAUUUUCAGUAGGUGGUGACAGUGAUCCCCCAUUAAAGCGAAGCCUUGCACAGAGGCUGGGAAAAAAGGUGGAAGCUCCAGAAACCAACCUUGAUAAAGCACCAAAGAAAGAGAGAGGUAACAAAGCUGGUGAGAUCCACGUGAAGACAUUGGAAGAAAUUCUUCUUGAAAGAGCCAGUCAGAAACGGGGAGAAUUGCAAACCAAUAUGAAAACAGAAGAGCCUUCCCGGACUGACGAGUCUUCAUCAGGAACCAAAAGCUCUUCCUCAGUGCGGAUCAAAACCUUCUCUGAGGUCCUGGCUGAAAAGAAACAUCGGCAGCAGGAAAUGGAGAGACAGAAAUCCAAAAAGGACACAGGCUGCCCCAAGUUGACAGCAGAUACUGAUGUGAAGAAGACAGUGAGUCUGUUACCUGUUGCUGUCAGCAAAGGACAACCUGAGGAGCCUGCAGGAAGAGCCAGGUCUAUGCAGGAGGUGCAUAUAAAGACGCUAGAGGAAAUCAAACUGGAGAAGGCCCUGAGGGUACAGCGAAGCUCUGAGAGCAGUGCCAGCUCCCGUCCUCAAGCUGAGGCUAUUCCUGGGGCAAAGAGGCUGCUCCGCAUCACCAAAAGAGCAGGUGCAAAAGAAGAGCGGAACCUCGAGCUCGAAGGCAGUGAAAUUGCUUCUCAGAGCAGCGGGACUAAGACUGGGCCUAGUGAGACUUCAGAUGAGACCCUGAGUGACACCACAGAAAUCCCAGGCAGUAGACGUGACACUGCCCGAGAGAAACACACUGAGAAAGAGCAGCAGGCAGGAGCUGCGCAGAGGGAGAGGCCAACCCUGACGCCUGUCCCUGGAGACGGGGCCUCGCACUUUACCCGGGUGGUGGGGAAGCCCGUGCUCACUGCUGUAUCAGGCAUCACAAGGCACCUGGCUAAGCGGCUCCCCACGGAGUCGUCCCAAAAGCGGGAGGUAGAAACCUCUGGAAUCGGGGACUCCAUACUGAAUGUGAAAUGUGCAGCACAGACUUUGGAAAAAAGGAGUAAAGCCAAACCCAAAGUCAAUGUGAAGCCAUCUGUGGUCAAGGUUGUUUCAUCUCCCAAACUGGCUCCAAAACGCAAGGCAGUGGAGGUGCACUCGGCUGUCAUUGCAGCUGUGAAGCCGCUCAGCGCCAGCAGUGUCCUGCAGGAAAGCCCCACCAAGAAAGCGGCUGUGGCUGUGGUCCCCCUUCUCUCUGAGGAUACAUCCAUCGCCAUGACUGAGACAGAAAAAACUAAGGACAGUUUGGUGCUCCCUUCAACUCAGUCUUCUGCAGAACCCUUGCUCCCAGAAGGGUCUGGCCCUUCCUCAUCCCAGGUGGCGUCCAAACCUCGCCGACUCAGCUCUGCCUCAACAGGAAAGCCUCCACUCUCUGUGGAAGAUGAUUUUGAGAAACUGAUAUGGGAAAUUUCAGGAGGCAAAUUAGAAGCUGAGAUUGACUUGGAUCCUGGCAAAGAUGAAGACGACCUUCUGCUUGAGCUCUCAGAGAUGAUUGACAGCUGAAGCUGAUGGUGAGGACGCUUUAAAGAAAAAAAAAAAAAAACCCUCACCAAAACUGGACUUAGUUUCAUCUAUUCUAACAUUUGCCUGAGGUGAUCAUUUCUUUAGUCUCAAAUUUUGCCCAAAUCAAAAGUAUACCUCUGAAGUACCUGUGUGUGUCCUGGUUCCCCUGGGGUCAGAUCUUUACAUCCCUUGAUGACUGUUUGUCCAUUUGCUGCCAUUGUUUAGUAUCUUUGAGAAGAAAGUUCUGUAAUGCCCUUCUCUCCACAUGAGACCGGGCUCCAAAUGAAAUGGUGCAAGAGAACUCAGUGGCUCCUUGAGACGUUUGUCAGUGUGGGCGAUCUUCCCCUUGCUGUAUUUAUUUAUGUAUUGUCUUAAGAUUAUCAGAGUUGAAAAUGAAGACAGCUGCUAACCAUUGUGGACCAAAUUUCAUGCUACCACUAAACAAAAGACCCACUCCGUCUAUGUUAAAUUGUAUGUCUUUUUAAAGGUAUUUG